GUGAGCGCUCUGCAAGGCCUGCAGCCUCGGCCUCGAGUGCGGACUCUGACCCGCGGCGAUGUCAUAAAAGCCGGGCAGAGGGGCCCCGGGGGUGUCUGGCUCCAAGGCAGCGGAGGAGAAGCCGCAACACCAGCAGCGACGGUCAUGGCGGCUUCCGGGAAGAGCGAGAAGGGCAACCUCUCCGUGGUGGUGCACAAGGCCGGAGAUCUGCGCCUGGAAGACCGACCAAUCCCUGAACCAGGACCUAAUGAAGUGCUUUUGAAGAUGCAUUCUGUCGGGAUCUGCGGCUCUGAUGUGCACUAUUGGCAGAACGGGCGGAUUGGAGAUUUUGUGGUGAAGGCCCCAAUGGUGCUGGGCCACGAGGCCUCAGGAACAGUCGUCAAAGUGGGGUCUGCAGUAACACAGUUGAAAAAAGGUGACAGAGUGGCGAUUGAACCUGGGGUUCCCCGGGAAAAUGAUCAGUUCUGCAAAACGGGGCGCUACAACCUCUCCCCGACCAUCUUCUUCUGUGCAACCCCUCCGGAUGAUGGAAACCUAUGCCGCUAUUACAAGCAUGAUGCCAACUUUUGCUACAAGCUUCCAGAUAACGUUACGUUUGAGGAAGGAGCCCUCAUUGAACCCCUUUCCGUCGGGAUCCAUGCUUGCAGAAGGGCAGGAGUGACCCUGGGAAGCAAAGUUUUCAUUUGUGGUGCUGGUCCUAUUGGGCUUGUGUCUUUGCUGAUUGCGAAGGUAAUGGGGGCUUCACAAGUUGUUAUAACUGAUCUAUCUGCCUCUCGUCUCGAAAAGGCUAAGGAAAUUGGGGCUGAUUUCACCAUCCAGGUAAAAGGCGAAAGUCCUGAGGAAUUGGCCAAGGCAGUAAAAAACGCCCUUGGUUGCAUGCCUGACAUCAGCCUGGAAUGCACUGGAGCUCAGGCCUGUAUCCAAACUGGAAUCUAUGUGACUCGUUCUGGUGGAACUCUGGUUUUGGUGGGCCUUGGCCCUGAAAUGGUUACAGUGCCUAUUGUGAACGCUGCUAUCCGGGAAGUGGAUAUUCGGGGGAUAUUUCGAUACUGCAAUACGUGGCCCAUGGCGAUUGCGAUGCUUGCGUCCAAAAAAGUCAACGUCCAGCCGUUGGUCACCCAUCGCUUUCCUUUAGAAAAAGCCCUGGAUGCCUUUGAAGCCACCAAAAAAGGUGUCGGAAUAAAAAUCAUGCUGAAAUGUGAUCCCAGUGACCAGAAUCCAUAAUAUGUAAACAAAAGAAGCAAGAAUGCUCCAUCCUACUUCUAAUGAAGAUGGAGUACUUAGAAGAUAUUUUAGUGGAAACGAAGAAAAGUGCCUGGUUUGACCUUGGGUUGUGACCAUAAUGGGGAGGAGGGAUCUGUGCUUUUGAGCCCUGUGGUGAUGACCUAAGCCCAUGCCUUCCAUGACUAUUGUAGGAAAAGGCUAUUCCUCAUAAGUUAAACCUCUUAAGGGCAUGUCGGCAUGUUUCUGCAAGCACUCUGGCUUAGAGACGGGACUGUAAUUUACUCUCAAAUCCCAGGUCUUCCACAAGAGCCUCGGGCAGGAACCACUAACAAGAUAUUUCACUCAAUGUCCCAUUACACUGAUCCGGCCUUUCAAUCAUCUAGCUCCGUUUACAGAUCGUCUAAGCCAUCACGAGGUACUAAUUUUUCCGAAAUGUCAUUGUCCGUUAAACUCAGGGUAACUUGGAAAUAAAAUCGUUCCGAUGAAUAA